UGUAAAACGAGCUAAAACAGCCGCUGAGAAGCGCUAUGUACGUUAUUGCAUUAGUAUAGGAAGGAAGCUACUUUGCGCCGGACAAUCGUAAGAGCUCGGGGAACCCCUUCAAGAACACUGGAUCUUUGUAAGUAGGAUCAGCAUUUUGACUGGAACUUGAAUGCCUCAAAGAUUGAAGUGCAGCAGGAACUUGGAUGACUUGAAAGGUUGCUCAGUAAAUCAUCAAUUCAAGCAGGGCCUGUCGGUUUUUUUUUCCCCCCAACAGAACUUCUGUAUUUAAAAACAUCUGAUUAAGAUCAACAACCAACCACAUGUUCUGUUGCAAAUGGACUUCAUGACAUGUUGGCUUCCUGCUUAAAACACAAAAAGAGGGCAGAUAAACUUAAAGAACAGCAGCUUGUGAUGACAAAGUGCCAAGUGCCAGCUGCCCUCAUUUACCAGAUCGAGCAGGAAUUGGACGAAGAUGAAAAGGAGAUGAUGUUUUUCCUGUGCCGGGAUCUCGUUCCUGAUUUAUCAAAUACAGACAUCAGGGAGCUCCUGGGGGCUCUGAAUGAGAAGGGGAAGCUGCUGUUGGGCUUGUCUGAGCUGUUAUACAGAGUGAGGAGGUUUGACUUGCUGCGGAGGGCCCUGCGGACAGAGAGAACAGCAGUGGAGACUGAUCUGGCGAGGUAUCCUAGAAUGGUCUCUGAUUACAGGGUGCUGAUGGUAGAGAUUAAUGAAGAGCUGGAUAAAAAAGAAGUGGGUUCUCUCACUUUCCUGCUCAAGGAUUAUGUGCCACGUAUGAAAAUGGCAAAAGAUAAGAGUUUCCUGGCUGUUGUCAGUGAUCUAGAGAAACUAAAUCUGGUGGCUCCUAAUCAGUUGGAUUUGAUAGAAGACUGUUUGCAGAACAUUCAUAGGAUAGACCUGAAAAAAAAGAUCCAGCGGUACAAAUGUGCAGUUCUGACCAACAGUGGUUCUCAGCCAAUGUAUAUAAAUGCACUUCAGGCAUCUCUUCCUAACCUGACUCUCAUUGACCCUCCCUACAGUUCAGGGAUCCAGAAUGUGAACAAAGAAAGAUCGUUAAGUGGACAACAUGCCAUUCAGACAGAGCCAGUUCACACAUCAGUACAGGAAUCGGGAGCCACCUCAUCUCAGGUGAAUACAAAGGUGUAUGACGAUCGGUACAGAAUGCAGAGUUGGCCUUUAGGAAUAUGCCUGAUUAUAGAUUGCAUUGGCAAUGACACAGAUAUACUGGAGGACACCUUUAAAGCUCUAGGCUUUGAAGUUCACUGUUACCAGUAUUUAAGUGUGGAAGCCAUGAACCAAACAUUCCAUGAAGUUGCAAGGCUGCAAAAGCACAGAGACUAUGACAGCUUUAUUUGCAUAUUGGUCAGCCGUGGGAGCCCUCAGAGCAUUUUCUGCACAGACCAGACCUUUCCUGGGUACCCCUUGGAUCGGGUGAAGAAGUUUUUUACUGGAGACUCAUGCCCUGAACUCCUAGGGAAACCAAAGCUCUUCUUUAUUCAAAGCUACAUUGUGCCAGCAGAUCAGCAAGAACCCACCAGUCUGCUGGAGGUGGAUGGGAAUGAACAGAAAAUCACUGCCAGUACCAGAAGACCUAGGAACUGUAGUAUUCCCCCAGUAGCAGACAUCUUUUGGAGUCAAUGCAAGGUGGAUGUGUCUGUGCUAGAAAGGUCACCCAGCUCCCCCUCCCAUUAUCUACGCUGUCUGGCUGAGCUCCUGUGCAAUCCUCAUAAAAGAAAGCUCCCCCUACUGGAUAUCCAUAUUGAGCUGAACAACAGAGUGUAUGAUUGCAACAGGACCUCAGAUCCACAGCAACAAUACUCACUCCUGCUACAACACACCUUGAGGAAAAAACUUUUUCUUUUUCCCAGUUAAAAGCUAAUGGACAUUGCAUGGGACACGAUGUUAAGAUGGGGAUAUCCAUGUGGGCUUUAUCUUCAAUUGUCAUUGUUCCAUGCAUUUUUUUAAGUUCCUGUUGCUGGAGUAUCUGAGUAUUUUAGAAAUGUUUCUGAACUAACUUCAGCUUCCCAAUGGUCCCAAGUUGUAGCCCUACCUGAAGUGCUUUACAGUAAUCUAAUCUCUAUGACAAAAGCCUAGGUAAGGGUAGCUAGGCCUGCCUCUGAAAUAAGAGAUCACACUUGCCACACCGGGCACAGAUGGAUAAAUGUGCUCUUUGCCACAGCUGACCCCUGAGUAUCCAGCAGCAGCCCAGGAUCUGAUGAGACUGCUUAACUGUAAAUCUGGCUAGCAAAUAACAGCCACCUUCCACCAAGCAGAGGAGUUUAUGUAGCUAGCCCAGUUCCUAGGGCUCCUUGCUCCCACCCUUCUAACAUUAUUUCAGUCCCAUCUAGAUUGAGCCUCAGACAGCUAGACUUAGUGCAUGCUCCAGUUUCAGGCAGACACCAAGUCACCCAUUCCAUUGCACCUUCAGACUCAGUCAUAAUGGCAACGAACAACUAGGUAUUAUCCAUGUGCUAUAGACACUGCAAUCUCUUCACACGCACAAGGUUCAGUUCUUCUGUCCCACUGCAUUUGUACGAGACAAAAGACCUCUGCUCAGUAAUUUUAUUUUUCUUAAUUACCUUCUCCAUUUCCUACGGGAACAGUAAGAGACAGGGUUACCAUAAAUGUAGCAAUUCCUUUCCCUUCCACCUUCUACAAGGCCCUGAUCCUGUGAGCUCUGAGGCAAGUGAGUGUGCAUGUGAGUACUUUUGGUUGACCCUCAGUAUUUUUGCAGGAUUGGGGCCUGGAUGAGUCAGUUUUAAGUUUGUCACUGGCCUGACUGUGCUUCCAUCCAUGGCAUGGUUCCAUCAUCCCCCCCACUCCCUCCUCUGCUCUCCUUCCUCCUCCACACACACUUCCUCCCCAACCCUGCACACUUAAAGUAAGUAAACACAUUGAACUAUUUAACACAGAACUAUUUAACACAGAACUAUUUAAUAGUUUUGGUAUAGCUUCCUGUCUAGCAAACAAACUAAGGCCUUGUCUACCCUUAAAAGGUUUUCUGCUAUAACUAUACCAGAAAACUCUCCUAGAGUAGAUGCAGUUGAUAUCAGUUAUACUAGUUGCUGAUAUAGCUUAUGCUAGUUCCCCUGGCAAAAUAAGCCAUGGUUGCAAAAAGGACAUUUUUCUUGGUAUCCCUGCAUCCACACGAGGGCUUUUGCCAACAGCUAUGCCAGCAAAAUAUAACGUCCCUACCUGACAUAACUAUGCAGGCAAAACUUUUAAGGGUAGACCAGGCCUAAGAGAGGGCUGCCAGAGGUGAAGUGCUUGAUGGCUUGGCCAGUAAGUGACUAUUCUGUUUCCCAAACCCACCGUAUAUUGCCUGCUGUGGGCUUGGCCAUGACUUUCAGUAACUCUCCCUUGAAGCCAGACUGCUUUUAAUGUUCAUCCCAAAAAAUCAGCACAAGCCUUGAAACAGUUCCUGCAGUCAAAACAAUGGAAGUUUAAUAAUUAGCCCAGAGUUGGGCAAAAUGUGGCUGAGGAAAGAAGACUCAACCAAGAAAAUACAGAAAUGCUGCAGAGAAAAAUAUGUAUAUUUAUUUAUACUAAUAUAUAAUUUUUAUGUAAUAAAAAUGUGUACAUAUAUAAUACAUAUUAAUAUUUUCACUUUGUAUGUGUCCUAAUUUUUUAAAAGAUUUUAACAAUUUGUUUAGUUUGUGUUUUAAUUUCAUAUUCAUUCUGAUGUUAUGCAUAUUCUUUGUAGAGGAGGAAAUGAGGGAUUGUGAUAGGUAUAAGGGGAGUGGUUGGGUAAAAGUUUGGGAUGAAUGUGACUCAUUCCAUGUUGUCACAGAUCUGAUCAGGUGCCCCCUUGCAGCCACCUCAACACCGAACUACUGUGAGGGGAAUCGAAGCCUCUGUGGUUUACAGAGCUUGACUGGAGUCUAGUCACGUUCCCAGUCUUGGCGUCCCUAGGUCACUAUUGGGGUGCAGACCUGCUAGCUAGAACCCCAUCCUGAGAGCUGGAACCCACUGUCCAGCUGCUUACCCCCUCUGGUGCACUGGUGACCCCCUCACACUUCUCCAUAUUUGAACACACCCUCUUCCAGAACUCCACUGAAAGGUGUGACGUUUCUGGUUACAAUUUAACUCUCUCACUGGCACACAGCAGUUGUGAAGCAGGUAACAUACAGAGACUUUCUACAACUAGAUGAUGCUGUAGGCCAGAAUGCCGUGAGGAGUCUGAGGGACAGCUAACAGGUGCUGUGAUUCAAAAUGUUGCAGGCAAAGGGAAAAUGAGGCACAGCCAAAUGGUGGUAGUGUGUGUCAGAACUCCCCUGGGAGAAGGGAGAUUGGGUAGUGAAGAGUACUGCCAAAUUAUGAUACCCACCAGAGGGGUGUGAACUCUGGCGAUCUGGAGAAAAUGACUCCUGAGCAGGGCACCUUCUGCCCUUUUGAAACCUUCUGGCCCCUGCUGUCAGCUGGCACCCUUGCCAGCUCAACUGCUUGGGGAAGUGGAAGGGGGAAAUGUGCACCUUAAUUAAUCUAUGUUUUCAGUGUGGUCAGUUGGGGGGAGGAAGCACACCACCUCUCCCCAGGAAGUAUAAAGAAGGGGCCUGUGCUUGGGGAAAGUAGGGAGAUUUCACCUUGCCCCACCAGGGAAUGGCAAAAGAGUUGUUCAAGUUAAGUGCUCUUCCAUUGAAAUGUAAUCACUCUACACAAUAGAUUUUCCUCCUGUCUAGGGGAACUGGUUUGUCAGGAGAGAGGUUGCCUCAUCAACAAAGUCACCUGGAGGAGGACAACUUUGUGUGAAAACUGGUAAGGGUGCUGAUAGAGGGGGCUAAAAGGUUUUAAAAGGACAAAAGCUGUUCUCAGGAGCCAUUUUCUCCAAUCAGUGAGGAUCCAGCCUGUUUGAGGCUGCCGUCCUGGACACUGAUGGUCCCCUAAAGAUUCAUAAGGGAAGGGUGACCUAAUGAGGGACACUGGUUUAAGAUCUUUUGUCAAAGAGCAAAUGUGUUAGACUCUGUGCUAAGUAUGUGUGAAUUCCUUCCCAACUGUUGUGUGCCCCAAGAGAGUUCAACUGUAACCCAUACAUUUAGAGGAGCUCUGGGAGAGGGGAUGUUUAAGUACAGGAGAAUCUGAGGAGUCCCCACUAGCUGCUGUACAGCAGAUUCCAGCUCUCAGGAUAGAGUGCUAGACAGCAGAUCUAUGCCCCAGUAGCAUGCCUACGGAUUCUAAGCCUGGGGGAAUGGCGGGACUCUAUUCAGGCUCCAGGGGCUUAAAGUACCCAGGGGAUCCAGGGGUGGAUGCUCAGAUUCCCCUUACAGCAGUCCAGUGGGUGGAUGGAAGAGGGCAUCUGACUGGAUCUGUGACAUGUAUUUUAGAAACCUCUUUGGAGUGUUAUAGGGCAACUGUAUACCUCUUUCCCUGUCUAAAACGAGCUUGUCCUUGUUACCAAGUACCAGUAAACCCAGAUAAUCUGACAUUUGGAAGCGUCUCCCCCACCUGAAACUCUGAUUUUUCAAAGUUCAGCCAUGUGACUUGUUGCCAUUUGGAUUGUCUUAUUCAUAUAAGGCUUGGAAUGAGAGGAAAAAUUGGUAUUUAAACCAAUUUUCACAAACUAGACAUUUUCUAAAAUUGAUUUUUGUAUGAGUUGUAAGACUAAUUCUAAAGCCAACUCCUUGUGAUCUUAUCAGGGCUAGAAAGAAAUGCUUCAUAGCAAUGGUUUGUAAAGUAAGAUUUGGAAUCUUAGAACUAGUUCCUGCAGACACUGGGAGAUGAGGCUAGCGGUGUGAGAUACGUGUUUGUUAUUCUGUGUCUGUUGAAUUAAGAUGUAUUCCCUGGUUAUCAUGCCCAUAUAUGUGGUAUAAAUAAAUAUAUGUAUUGAG